AGCACCUUCUUGAAAAUGUUCAAUUCGAGCAUCUUUUAUCUCACACUCUUUGCUCUCGUAUGCUCGAUCCUAGCCCGGAGUCACCAUCUCAACGGAGCUCCCGGCGAACUGAGUGGCGUAGAGCUGAACAAGGCGGUUGAGAGUUUGCAGGCGACUCUGGCGAAGUUGGCGACUGUCGAUGGACCCAGCUAUACCGUUACCAAAGUGCUGAAGGUUACCAGACAACUCGUCGCUGGAUAUCUGGAGAAGUUCACCGUGGAGCUGACCAAAGAUGAUGUGACCCAGCAGUGCGUUGUCCAGAUCUGGACCCAAUUGUGGCUGAAGGAGAACGGCACGAACAUUAAAAUCAACUGCGAGGGCGAUGAUACUAAGGUUGACAAAACCUGGUAAAAAAUUUCAAUAAUGACAGCAUUGUAAAGACAUUUAAAUAAAGCUGCGAACAGCUUUU